CUAAAUAAAGAAACUCAUAGUAAAAUUGCUGAGGAAAAUUAUAUAACACACAUUUUGUCUCUUUCUAUGUCCGAAACAUUAUCUCUAGUGAUAUUGACGGCGUGCUAAUUGAAAUUAAACAACAGACUAGACAACAUUAAUGUGAUUACUCGAGACUCGUGAUUGUGUGCGUAAAGCAGAUUUGGAAACUAUUAACCCAUUUAACUUGUUCGUGACUAUUUUUCGAAAAUAUUUUGGGGGAGAGAUAUUAUUUUAUAGCUAUGUCCUGAUGUUAUAAGCAUCGCCGGAACUAUGUCAUUGAAUAUAAAAAUGUUACUCUCAUCCAUUUCAAGAAUCCAUUGAUUCUUGUAAUCAACGAAAAGAGUACCAUAAAUAAUUUUGCUAUAUGCAAUGGGUUAAUAUCCGUUCCGGCAAAACUUGUUAAUCUCCGUUCGAAACGUAAUCAUGAUCAGCAAUCAGCAAGCGUGUUAACUUACGCACUUGCGUAUCAUUUAACUGACACGCAUAAAAAAUACAAAAGUGUUUUCUUUUCGGAAGUAAUUAUGUCGGCACAAACGAUUCUAGUUGGACUAUCUAUUGACCCAAAUCGAAUAAGUGAUCAAUUUCGUAGAAAAGACGCGGUGAAAUUAUUGGAAAAGGGUCUCCUCAACUUUUUUCCACAGCUAAAAUUGAUCUUUGAAACAAACACAUCCGAUGGAUAUUUGUGUGUUUUCUCACAAAAUGACACGAUUUUUCUCAACGUUCGUUUCUUCAACCACGGCAUCAUUGCCAUUAACAUUGAAUAUUUUAAAAACGACAUCGAACAGCCGCUAGUGACGUUUGAUUUAACGCGGCAAGUGCGAAACCACUUGGAAAAAACCCUAAAUGCAAUUGGCCAUGCUUAUCCACCUAUACAUAGGAGUCAAAUUAGAAAAUAUUUUCUAUCGUCGGAUGAUCGAAUUUUCGAAUUCGAUAUCGACAAGGUCAUAUUUGAAGGUACCUCACCAUUUCAAAAGAUACAAAUUGUUCAUUCGAAAAGUUUGGGAAAUAUUUUGGUUCUUGACGAGCUUCAAAAUAUUGCCGAAUCGGAUCUGAUCUACACCGAAACAUUGAUGCAGCGUGGCAUUGAAAAUUACGAGGGCAAAGAAAUUUGCAUCCUCGGCGGUGGCGACGGUGCUCUCUUGUACGAGUUGUUGAAGGAAAAACCAAAGUAUGUCAUAAUGCUUGAAAUUGAUGAAAUGGUGAUGCAGGUGUGCAAUAAAUAUAUGAAGUCAAUUUGUGGCAACGUUUUGGAAUUACGAAAAGGCGAACAUUUUGAAAUUAUCGUUGAAGAUUGCAUGAUUUAUUUGGAUAAAUUUAUCAAAGAGAGUAAAAAGUUUGAUUAUGUGUUUGGCGACUUAACCGAUAUCCCAAUAUCUGACGCACCGUCCAAUGAAAUAUGGAACUUUUUUCAUUCAAUUCUUGAGCAUUCGUUCAAAAUUCUAAAACCAACCGGAAAGUAUUUGACCCACGGAAAUGGCAUCAAUAGUCCACAUUCAUUGAGUAUGUUUGAAAUGCAGUUGGAGAAAUUGGAUCCCAAGGUGAAAUUUACCAGAUCAACUGCAUUUGUACCGUCAUUCAUGGAAGAUUGGGUCUUUUAUCAAAUCGCAUUUGACAAUAUAUGAUUUGAUGACAUUUUUACGCGAUUGGAUUUGAAAUAUAGUUGUUUUCAUAAU